AUGGCCAGAUACUUCAUCUUGUAUUUCAUCCUGCUGAGUGCUCUAAUUGAUAAGAGCCAAGCUUGUUUCUGUGAUCAUUACCCAUGGACUCAGUGGACGAGCUGCUCAAAAACCUGCAAUUCUGGAACACAGAGCAGAUGGAGACAAACAGUAAUAGAUAAGUACUAUUUGGAGAACUCUUGUGACGAGCUUUGCACUAAGCAGGAGACCAGAGAAUGUAAUUGGCAAGCUUGUCCUAUCAACUGCCUCCUGGGAGAUUAUGGACCGUGGUCAGACUGUGACCCCUGUGUUGAAAAACAGUUUAAGGUUAGAUCUAUUUUGCGCCCCAGUCAGUUUGGAGGACAACCAUGUACUGAGCCCCUGGUGACUUUUCAACCAUGUAUUCCAACUAAACUCUGCAACAUUGAAGAGAUUGACUGCAAGGAUAAAUUCCGCUGUGACACGGGCCGCUGCAUUGCCAGCAAGUUAGAAUGCAAUGGAGAAAAUGACUGUGGAGACAAUUCAGAUGAAAGGAAUUGUGGGCGUACAAAAGCAAUAUGCCCACAGAAAUAUAAUCCCAUCCCUAAUGUACAUAUGAUGGGCAAUGGGUUUCAUAUAUUGGCAGGAGAGCCCAAAGGAGAAGUCCUUGAUAGCUCUUUCACUGGAGGAAUAUGUAAAACUGCCAAAAGCGUUAGAGAAAGUAAUCCAUACCGUGUUUCAGCCAAUCUGGAAAAUGUCAACUUUGAGGUAGAAACUAAAGAAGAUGAACUGGAAACAGAUUUUUUUAAGGAUUUGAUUCCUUUUAAAGAGAAUAAAGAUGAACACAGUUUAGAUAUGGGCCAACAGAACCAUCGUCAUGGGUUAAUUUUUUAUUCCUCAUCGAGCAGUCACUCCUUUAACCAUAAUUCUGCCUUCAAACAAGCCAUUGAAGCCUCCCACAAAAAGGAUUCUAGUUUUAUUAGGAUCCAUAAAGCGAUAAAAGUCUUAAACUUCACAAUGAAAAGUAAAGAUCUGCAGCUUUCUGAUGUCUUUUUGAAAUCACUUAACCAUCUGCCUCUAGAGUACAACUAUGCUCUGUAUAGCCGGAUAUUUGAUGACUUUGGGACUCACUAUUUCACCUCUGGCUCCCUCGGGGGCGUGUAUGACCUCCUCUAUCAAUUUAGCAGUGAGGAACUAAAGAACUCAGGUUUAACAGAGAAACAAAUGAGAAAUUGUGUUCGGAUUGAAACAGAGAAACGCGUUGCAUUUUUUUUUACAAAAAAAUCCGUGAAAGAAAAGUGUACCACUAAUAAGAUGUCAGAGAAAUAUGAAGGUUCGUUUUUGCAGGGAUCAGAGAAAUCCAUCUCCUUCGUUAAAGGUGGAAGGAGCGAGUACGCAGCGGCUCUGGCGUGGAAGAAAGAGGCCUCUGAUCCGGAGGAAAAGGUCUUUUCUGAGUGGUUAAAAUCGGUGAAGGAUAAUCCUGCUGUGAUUGACUUUGAGCUUGCUCCCAUCACAGACUUGGUAAGAAACAUCCCCUGUGCAGUGACAAGACGGAACAACCUCAGGAAAGCUUUUCGAGAAUAUGCGGCCAAGUUUGACCCUUGCCAGUGUGCUCCAUGUCCUAAUAACGGCCGCCCCACACUCUCAGGAUCUGAAUGUCUGUGUGUGUGCCAGAGUGGCACUUAUGGUGAGAACUGUGAGCGACGCUCUCCGGAUUAUAAAUCUAGUGCAGUAGAUGGGAACUGGGGCUGCUGGUCUUCCUGGAGCUCAUGCGAUGCUACGUAUAAGAGAUCAAGAACACGAGAAUGCAACAACCCUGCCCACAGUCUUGGAGGGAAACCCUGUGAGGGGCAGAAGCGGCAAGAGGAGCACUGCACAUUUUCAAUAAUGGAGAACAAGUAAGGAUGUCCAUUUAUCAGUGAUGAUGAAGAUAUAAAAGAAGUAGACCUUCCUGAAGUAGAAUCAGAUACAGAAUGUUCUCAGCCAGUUCCUCCGGAAAAUGGAUUUAUCCGAAAUGUAAAGAAACUGUACUCAGUUGGGGAAGAUGCUGAAAUUUCAUGCUAUACUGGAUUCAAAAUUGUUGGAUACCAGUACUUCAGAUGCUUACCAGACAGGACCUGGAGACAGCUAGAUGUGGAAUGCCAACGGACACAGUGCCUGAAGCCCGUUGUACAGGAAGUCCUAAAGAUCUCACCAUUUCAAGGAUCAUAUGAAAUUGGUGAAUCCAUUGAGCUAAUCUGUCCCAAAGGCUUUGUCAUUUCUGGGCCAUCGACGUACACAUGCACUGAGGAUUCCUGGGCACCGUCCAUUUCAAACUCACUCACUUGUGAAAAUGAGAUUCUGAAAAACUUAAAGGGCCAUUGUCAACUAGGACAAAAACAAUUGGGAUCUGAAUGCAUUUGCAUGUCUCCGGAAGAAGACUGUAGCUCUAAUUCAGAAGAUCUCUGUGUGUUUGAUUCAGACUCCAGCCAUUACUUUACUUCAUCUGCUUGUAAAUUUUUGGCAAAGAAGUGUUUAAAUAAUCAGCAACUCCAUUUUCUGCAUAUUGGUUCCUGCCAAGAUGGUCCACAGUUAGAAUGGGGUCUUGAAAGGACAAAACUUUCAUCCAAUAGCACAAAGAGAGAAUCCUGCGGCUAUGACACCUGCUACGACUGGGAAAAAUGUUCAGCCUCCACUUCCAAAUGUGUCUGCCUGUUGCCCUCCCAGUGCUCCAAAGGCGGAAAUCAACUCUACUGCAUCAGAAUGGGAUCGUCGAUGAGUAAGAAGACGGUGAACAUCUGUGAAGUGGGAACUAUAAGAUGCGCCAAGAGGAAAAUGGAAAUACUGCAUCCUGGCAGGUGUUUGGCUUAA